CAAAAACAGCUGCCUGGUUGUUGUAUCGGUUGCAAAACAGCUGAGAACAAACAUGUGAGCAGAACAAAAUUCCCGGAAAAAGGGCGUAAAUCUUUAAAAUAUAAUCAAGGGACACGAUAUCGUUUAAGGCAAUCUCGCAUUGUUCGUGCGAUUGAACUUUGCUCCGAGUCACUUUGGAGUUGCACGCUGAUUAGUGGAGUAAGUGACUGUGAUUAGCUAACGAGUGAGAAAAAGCGCAGAAUCAUCGCCUUCCGCAAUGCUGCCUCGGAACGUCCAAACGGUACGACGACUGAACGUCCUCAAGCGAAUACUAACCAGCAGUAGUAACAACAACAGUCCUCAAUGGUACCGACUCAGUUCCGGUGAUGCAACCAUUCGGAUAGACGACGUGGAGAAACAAAUCGAACCGCCCAAGCAGCCGGAACUGGUGCCCAAUGGUUACGUAAAAGUAGCUGAAACCGAUGAAGCACAGCUGUCACAAACCCGCCUGCACCAUCUGCGCUGGAUGCUGCAAAAAGAUAAACUAGGUCAGGAUAUGAUUUUGCUCGGUCGACCAGGUAGCUUACGACGGAACUUGAUCAUGCAGUAUUCGGAGCUGACACGCAGGGAAGUAGAGUACAUUCUGCUUAAUCGUGAUACCACGGAGAGUGACUUGAAGCAACGGCGGGAGAUUUCAGACGGUACGGCAACGUACUACAACCAGAGUGCUGUUCGUGCGGCUACCGAGGGUCGCAUUCUGGUCAUCGAAGGAGUAGAGAAGACCGAACGGAAUGUGUUGCCAAUUUUGAACAACCUACUGGAGAAUCGAGAGAUGCAUCUGGAAGAUGGACGGUUUCUGAUAUCUGCCAAGAAUUACGACAGUCUGCUAGAGAGGUUCAAUAAAGAUCAGUUGGAUAGAUGGGGUUUGAUACGAGUUUCCGAAAAAUUUAGGGUCAUCGCCCUUGGUUUACCGGUUCCAAAGUACAGAGGGUCGCCCCUUGAUCCACCUCUACGAUCAAGGUUCCAAGCAAGAGAUGUCAGCGAAUUACCGUACAUUGAUAUCCUCACGGAAGUAAAAAUACUAGCCGAUGGAAAUAGCCCAGAAGUUCUGACAAAACUCACCUCGUUCGGCUUCAGCGUGCUAUCGUCAGCAUCCACACUACCGGAUUUCCCAAUCGACAAUCUACGCUACGUCGGAAUGCUGAUUAAAAACAAUCCCCACCAUUCGGAACACAGCCUACUCAGUAGACUUUACCCGUAUCCAGUGUUCCUGGAAAAAGAAGGCAUAACUCUCACGAAGUCCCUAAUGGAAUCGCUGCAAAUUAUUCCGGAUCAAACGCCUUCCACGGAUCUAAUCAGCGUAGAAAAAAUCAGCGAAGACACCCUUUCCGUUAAUCUGAAGGUCAACACCAAACCGGUCACAUUCCAGCUCCGGAAAGGCAAUUCAGACAUUCAAAUGCUUCCCAGCACGUAUAAGGCUACCACCUAUCAGCAGAAUCUACUUGCCGAAUUGAUUCAAUCCAUUGCCGUUGCCGAUGUGUGUCUGAUCGGACCGAAAGGUUGCGGAAAAUCAAUCCUAGCCAGUGAACUUUGCCGCCUACUCGAUCAACAGUUUGAAACCAUGGUUCUCUACCAGGACAUGACAGCACGCGAUCUCAUCCAGAAGCGCACUACAAAAUUGAACGGCGACACUGUCUGGCAGGACUCACCACUACUGUUAGCUGCCCUCAGCGGCCACGUUAUUGCACUAGAUGGAAUCCAUCGGCUUCACCACAGUACGUUGGCCAUUCUACAUCGACUAGUGCACGACCGGGAAAUGCAACUAUACGACGGUAGACGAUUGAUGCGACACGAUCGCUACGAUCGUUUACUGGAAAUGGGGUUCACCAAUGAUGAUCUAACUGGGCGAGGAAUUCUCCGAAUCGAUCCUGCCUUCCGAAUCAUUGCCAUGGCCGAACCGCAUCACAAAACCGGCACGAAUUGGAUCACUUCGGAGACAUUGAACUUGUUCCUGUUCCACGAAAUACGAGGACUCAGCCAAGACGAAGAACUGCGAGUCAUCGACUCGCUCUACGGUCCACUGGAUAGCACCAUCCACCAGAUACUGGAGGUAGCACAUUAUUUACGCGAUGCAAAAGAUUCCACAAUGCAAAAUCUAGCGAGUAAUCUCUCCACCCGACAACUACUGCGAAUCGCUCGACGACAGCACGAAUACGGCGAACUCUUGUCCGACCGCUCGGCGUACAGUAUCCUGCACAACACAUUCCUUACCAAAUUCAUGCCGAACCUGCCGAGAAGUGUAUUGGAGAACGCCCUCCGAAAAUGCAACGUCACCGCAGCUAGAGAACAACGAGACGAAGACAUCACCAUCUCCACGGACGACGGAGUAUUGCGCAUCGGCAACACCAAGGUGCCGAUCUAUCAAACGGAAGCCGUCAGCAAAGUACCGGAUAUCCUGUUCUACAACGUCCCCCAGCACGUGAAACUCAUGGAACGACUAUUGCAGGAUUUUACCCUCGGGGAACAUCUGCUCUUGGUGGGCAACCAGGGAGUUGGCAAAAACAAAAUCGCCGACCGUUUGCUCCAAUUGAUGAAUCGCCCCAGAGAGUAUAUUCAGCUGCAUCGUGACACCACCGUUCAGUCACUUACGCUACAAGCGAGCAUUCGCGAUCGGAUCAUCAUCUACGAGGACUCUCCGUUGGUGAAGGCUGUCAAAAACGGUCACGUUCUGGUUGUCGAUGAAGCCGAUAAAGCUCCCAUUCAUGUGACCUGCAUCCUCAAAACCUUAGUCGAAAACGGUGAGAUGAUGCUUUCCGAUGGUCGCAAAAUAUGUCCUCCCGUUAGGGGAGGAGAACCCACUCUGGUCAACGAUAACCUCAUCUACACUCACCCCGACUUUCGGAUGAUUGUACUAGCUAAUCGACCUGGAUUCCCCUUCCUGGGUAACGACUUCUUCGCUGCUCUGGGAGAUCUUUUCUCUUGUCAUGCCGUCGAUAAUCCAUCACCCAAUUCUGAAAUCUAUCUGCUGAAACAGUACGGCCCGGACGUUCCGGAGAAAACAAUCCGUCAGUUGGUGGACGCUUUCUCCGAGCUCCGUGACAUGGCUGAUGGUGGCAUCCUAAAUUAUCCGUACUCCACACGAGAAGUGGUCAAUAUCGUGAAACACCUGCAAAAAUUCCCCGGAGACGAUAUGGCCGAACUGGUCGGAAACGUGCUGGACUACGAUCGAUACACGCCGGAAACGUUGGAUCAGGUCACGAAUGUUCUGCUAAAGCAUGGACUUCAGAUAGGUCCUUACGCGAAGAACGAACUGGCAGCAUUGCGCCGACAGAGGGAAAUACAGAUGACGAUCAAGAGCAACAGUGGUAAGGAUGCAUCUGCGCCGAAGCACGGUAAGGUAGAUCCGAACAAUGCUCCGCACGUCGGCGGGAAUACUUGGGCUGGAGGUACCGGAGGUCGAGAUACUGCUGGGUUAGGAGGAAAAGGUGGUCCGUACCGGUUGGAUGCCGGCCACAAGGUCCAUCAGUUGUCGGAUGCUGAGAAAGAUGAUAUUCCGGAGCAUGUGAAGCAGGCGGCUCGGGAGAUGAACCGGAAGGCGUUUGAAGCUAAAUUGAAAGAGAUUCAGAUGAGUCAGUACGAUCACAAGGUCUACAUGGAGUAUAGCGGGCCGGUGAAGAAACAGGUGCAACAGCUGAGAGUUAUCUUGCAGGCGCUGCAGGCGAAAAGUAAGGAACGGCAGUGGCAGAAACAUCAGACUUCCGGGGAGAUGGAUGAUACGAAGCUGGUGGAAGGAAUUACGGGUGAGAAGAAUAUCUACAAGAAGCGAGUGGAACAGGAUCCGGAACCGGGUCAACCGCAGGAGAAACCAAAACGACUCAAGCUGGUUGUGGACGUUUCCGGUUCGAUGUAUCGCUUCAACGGGUAUGAUGGUCGAUUGGAUCGACAGAUGGAAGCAGUGGUGAUGGUUAUGGAGGCUUUCGAUGGGUUCGAAAGCAAGAUCAAGUACGACAUUGUUGGACAUAGCGGGGAAGCGGUGGAGAUUCCCUUCAUCAAUGCGAACAACAUUCCGAAGGAUGACAAACGUAGGCUGGACACGAUCAAGAUGAUGCACGCUCACUCACAGUUCUGCUGGAGUGGUGAUCAUACACUGGCAGCGACACGGAAUGCUGUAGACGCAAUGGCUAAGGAGGACUGCGAUGAGGCGAUCGUGGUGGUUCUGAGUGAUGCGAACUUGUCGCGGUACGGUAUUUCACCGCGGAACUUGAACGACGUGCUGCAGAAGCAGUCACCGAAGGUGCAGGGUUAUGUGAUCUUCAUUGGAAGUUUGGGUGAUGAGGCACAGCUGAUUGCCAACAAUAUGACGGCCGGGAAGAGCUUCGUGUGUAUGAACCUUGAACAGUUACCGCAGAUUUUAAAGCAGAUCUUUGCCGCUUCCGUGCUGCAGUGAUGGACGAGCGGUGUGAGCGUUUCGCUGGGUGCUUUGUUUAUUUGGAUUUAGGUAGAAUUGAAUAAGCAUUUGUUGUAUUUUUCUAUCAAAGAAUUUUAGAGAAAAAAAUAGACAAUAACAUGAAA